AUGCCCAAGGAUUUCUGCGUUCUGAGGUUCAUAGAUAGAGAGCUUCCAGAACACAUCUCGUUGGAGGGAUUUGUGGCUGAUUUUGAGGCGGCACUUUGGCAGGCACUCAAGGAGCGGUUCCCUCGCAUGCCAAUCCAGGGUUGUGCUUUUCACUGGACACAGGCCGUGUUCCGAAAGGUCCAGGAAAAUGGCUUACAGACAGCGUACAACAAAAAGGACAAAGUCUUUAAGUUCGUCCGCCAGCUGCUUGCCUUGCCAUUCCUCCCACCGGAACAGAUCGAGGAUGCCUUCCACCGUCUGGAUGGCCGUGCUCCAGAGGUCUUAGCUCCUGUGAUGGACUACGUAUACAGAACAUGGAUCCGUAGUUCAAUCUAUGAAAUCCAUCACUGGAGUGUCUUCAUGACGGCCAUCCGGACCAACAAUGAUGUGGAGGGGUGGCACAACAGAUUAAAAACAAGUGUGGCCACCAGGGGACCUGUGCCCUUCUACCAUCUAAUUGUAGUCCUCUACAAAGAGGCGAUGGACAUCACAUUGCAAAUGAAGAUGGUGUCGGAGGGGAAAAUACAGCGGUAUCAAAGAAAGAGGACCCGUCAAGUGGAGGGCCGCAUAUUUGAUCUGUGGCAACAAUACUGUGAAAGGGGGAUAAAUGCAAGCCAGCUUCUCCAAGGAUGUGCCUCCAUCUACGGUCCUCCACCCCAGUAAAUCAAUGUGAAUCACGCAUUUUUACAGACGUUUUGACUGGCUUAAUGUUAUGUUAUUGUUAUGCUUAAUGAAUAAAGAUUUAGAUGCUGAUAGAUGCAUAAACAUUUAUAUCUUUUUCCACAUAUCAAUAACAUUAAAUAACAUGAUACCAAAUUACUAGUUAUAGUUACGUGUAAUCUUCAGGU